UGUCUGUGCAUUGUGACGGUGCAGACAUGGCUGGCAGCAGCAGCCAAGUCCUCCCCUGAAGCGCAGCUUGUUUUUGUUUUUGUUUGCUCUUUUGACAGCAGCACAAGUUGUGGGUCAGAGGUCACCUGAGUGGUGGACAAACUUGUGCGGGACGUCUGGAGUGUGUGCGUGUGCGUCUUCCCCCUCAGAGGACAUGUGAGGAUGGCCGAGUGCUGGGCUUGCCCCCCUUGACGGGUGACGACUUCUGCAGGUGUGAGAAACUUCACUCCAUGGAUUCAUUCUUCUUGAAACAACCACUUACCAGAUAAUGCUGAUGUCAGCACAUGCCUGCUGUCCAGUGGAGCGGUGAGCGAGAAGCUACUUUGCGGUGAAGAAUGGGCGACUGGAGCUUUCUGGGUCGUCUGCUGGAGAAUGCCCAGGAGCACUCCACAGUCAUCGGCAAAGUGUGGCUGACGGUCCUCUUCAUCUUCAGGAUCCUGGUGCUGGGCGCCGCCGCCGAGGACGUGUGGGGCGACGAGCAGUCCGACUUCACGUGCAACACGCAGCAGCCCGGCUGCGAGAACGUGUGCUACGACCAGGCCUUCCCCAUCUCGCACACCCGCUUCUGGGUGCUGCAGAUCAUCUUCGUGUCCACACCCACGCUCAUCUACCUGGGACACGUGCUGCACAUCGUGCGCAUGGAGGAGAAGCGCAAGGAGAAGGAGGAGAGUGGGCGCAAAGUCAACCGCUUCCAGGAGAAGGCCCUGUUUUUUAAGGACAGCGAGGACGACGGCGGGACUAAAAGGGAGAAGCCCCCAAUCAGGGACGAACACGGGAAAAUCCGCAUCCGGGGUGCCUUGCUGCGCACGUACGUGCUCAAUAUCAUCUUCAAGACCCUCUUCGAGGUGGGCUUCAUCCUGGGUCAGUACUUCCUGUACGGCUUCCGGCUGAAGCCGCUCUACAAGUGCGCCCGCUGGCCCUGCCCCAACACCGUGGACUGCUUCAUCUCGCGGCCCACCGAGAAGACCAUUUUUAUCAUUUUCAUGCUUGUGGUGGCGUGCGUGUCGCUUUUCCUCAACUUGCUGGAGAUCUACCACCUGGGCUGGAAGAAGCUCAGGCAGGGCGUGACUACCGGCUUCACGCCGGAGCAAGGGUCGGUGCGCCGGGACCACGCCCGGCCCGGGUGUUCUUCCCCGAGGACCGGGGGAUACCCUUCGAAGUACAUGGACGUGACGGCUGGAGGCGGGGCCUUCCUGCCUCGCGCGCCGCCCACAGGGGCGGAGUUUAAGGUGGGCAACCUCCAGCGGGAGGAGGCCCUCCGCCAGCACAACCCCGCCUCCCACUACUACAUCAGCAACAACAACAACCACAGGUUGGCCGCACAGCAGAACUGGGCCAACUUGGCCACAGAGCAGCAGACUCUGGAGAUGAAGGCUACCUCCCCCACCAUUUCCUCGUCUUCCUCAUCUGCCGGCACCCAGCUGCCUACUGACGAGGCCCCGCCUCCUCCCUUGAUCAGCACCAGCCCGGCGCCUGGCAGCUGGGCCGCGGGAAAAAGCGAUCCGGAUGAUAACCAUUCCACCACCGCCGUGGAGAUGCACAAGCCUCCGCUAACGGUCACCACGGACCCCCGCCGGCUGAGUCGGGCCAGCAAGAGCAGCAGCGUCCGGGCCCGACCCGAUGACCUGGCGGUAUAAACGUCUGUCCCCUCUAAAGCACGCCGUGGUAGGCGGAGCCAAGGACAUGAUCUGCCGUCAACAUGAAGAUCGGCUUUUCUUCUGGACUAAUUAGCGACGCCUCCUAGAGCUCGUGUAGUGACGGGGGGAGGGGGUUCAACACCCACAAUGCACCUGGCCACGCCCCCUGAGGGGGGGUUUAGACACCCACAAUGCACCUGGCCACGCCCCCUGAGGGGGGGUUUAGACACCCACAAUGCACCUGGCCACGCCCCCUGAGGGGGGGUUUAGACACCCACAAUGCACCUGGCCACGGCCCCUGAGGGGGGUUUUAGACACCCACAAUGCACCUGGCCACGCCCCCUGACGUGACGCAAACAUCCACACGGCGGCUGUCGUGAUUGAAGACGUUAGCUGUUUCUCAAAUGAUGUAGUUCUGUACUCACACUUAGCAUGUUGAGUGCACUUAGCAUGUUGGGUAAGCUUAUUAUACUGAGUGCACUUAGCAUGUUGAGUGUAUUCGUCAUAUUAAGUGCACUUAUUAUAUUGAGGGCAUUUAGCUUGUUAAUUGCACUUCGUUUGUUGAAAUGCACUUAACAAGUGCACUUUGCAUUUAGAGUGCACAUAACAUGAGUGCACUCAGUAUGUGGAAUGCAUUUUGCAUGCGCUUAGCAUGUUAAUUAAGCUGAGUAUAUUGAGUGCACUCAGUAUGUUGAGUGUGCUUAUUAUAUUGAGGGCUUUUAGCUCGUUGAGUGCACUUAAUAUGUUAAAUGUUCUUAAUAAGUGCACAUAUGAGUUCACUCAGUAUGUUGAGUGUACUUAGCAUGUGGACUGCACUUGGCAUGUUGAGCGUAUUUAACAUGUGUGCUUAGCAUAUUAUGUACUUAGUACAUUGAGUGUGCUGAGUAUGUUGAGUGUGCUUAGUAUUUUAAGUGGUCUUCCAAUGUUGGGUGCAUAGAGAAUGUUGAGUACACUCGGCCUAUUAAGUGCAUUUAGCAUGGUAAGUAUACUUAGUAUGUUGAGUGCACUUCAUAUUUUAAGUGCACUUCACAUUUUAAGUACACUUAGCAUGAGUUGAUUUAGUACUGAUAGUAUGAGGCCCUCAAUAGUCACCAUCUUAACAGAAUAAAAGUGUGUUGAAGUAUUUCUGCAUGAAAAGAAGUGAGAUUGGGGACAUUCAGUACGCAAGUACACACUACAAAGUGUACUUCAUGGAGACAAAGUCCACAGCAAAUAAGUAUUCAAGUACUGUACACUUCAAUCCACAUAAAAAAUGUGAUUUUUGAUUUGCACAAGUAGGUGAAAAAACGCUGACUUUGCAAAGGAAUAAAAAAGAAUGCAACAUUUUGACUCCCACUGAAAAGUCCGAUGAUUAGUCAGUGGAAAGAUGUCAGCUGCUGCUAUGAAGCAGACGUGUCAACCUUUGACCCCACGGCGCCUACAACCCUUCCUGUUGCGUGUGUGUGCGUGUGUGUGCGUGUGUGUGUGUGUGUGUUUGAGAACAAGUUGAUGUAAAUGUUCAUUUACCUCAAAUGUUUACAAAACUGUUACUAAAUAAAACAUUUUUGUACCACAUGA